GAGGAUAACGCAGAAUUGACCGGCGCUGGUCCCUGGAAUUCUGUUCCUUGUUCGAGAGAGAGAGAGAGAGAGAGAGAGAGAGAGAGAGAGAGAGAGAGAGAGAGAGAGAGAGAGAGAGAGAGCCCAAUCUUCCUCUGUCGAUCUCUACUCUUUCCUCUCCACUUUUCCAGAUUCGUUCUUUCAUCGCGAAAUCCCAAAGCAAAACGCAUUCCAUUGCUUCUCCAAUCUUACACUUCAUGUUAACGAUUAUAAUUGUGAUCAAAGGGGCUUUUAUGUCUACAGGGUACUAGUAACUGCUGAGGCUCAGAUUCAUGGGAAGUGAUUCUUUUUAUGGACAAUGGAGUAUAUACUGAUAUUUCAAUGAUUGCUGCCUUUGCAUUGUAAAGCUGUUCAUCUUUCAUGAUGUGGAGUUUUGCAUCAAAUGCCCUUACAAGCAUUGGAAUGAAAAGAAGCUCCAAAGAGCUAACAAGUCAAACUGGUACAGAAUGCUCGGAUGAUGAGGUCUGCUCUAAUGCUAGCAGAGAUGAAGUGCUGGAAUGCCCGAUAUGUUGGGAAUCUUUCAACAUAGUUGAGAAUAUACCAUAUGUCUUAUGGUGUGGUCACACCCUCUGCAAAAAUUGUGUCCUGGGACUUCAGUGGGCUGUGGUGAAAUUUCCUACUCAACAAAUCAAGAUCCCGCCCUUCAUUUCUUGUCCAUGGUGCCACCUCUUAUCAUUCCGGUUUAUUUACAAAGGAAAUCUUAAAUAUCCUUGCAAGAACUUCUUCCUUCUUUGGAUGGUUGAGAGCCUAAAUGGUGAUAGGCAUAAGCUCAUUUCCACUGGUGUGGACAGCCAACCAGUUUGGUCUCCGAAGUGCAACCUUUUGGGAAGUCAACUUACUAAUUGUAACAUAAGAAGGACCACAAUAAGUCAUUGUUCUGGACAGUUGGGAUCUAACAGUGAUGGUGGUGCCCGUGAUGGAGAGACACACUACUUUUCCCUUCAUAAAUCUCUGGAUUUCUUCAUUCACUUUACAUCUAAGUUCCCAUUAGUCGUUGUUUUCCUUCUGAUUGCCUUUUUUGCAAUUCCCUGCAGUGCUGUUAUUUUAAUCCUUUACUUGCUAGUCACUAUUCUUUUUGCUAUCCCAUCUUUCCUUGUAUUGUACUUUACAUACCCUACAAUCCAGAGGCUGUUAAGAGAAAUAACUUCUUAAAACAUAGCAUUACUAUAGCGCAGCCCCUUACAUGUCAAUCCAACUUCACAAAUUCACUGCAUAUCUUUGGAUUGAUUUUAUACUCUGGUAAUUUCUUUGUUAUUUUUAGGUUUUCUUAUUUUUAUGGUUUUAUUUCUUUGUAGUUUUUAUGCCAUUUUCAUAACAACUUUAAGUUGAAUAUCUUGAGAGGAAUUUGAUUUUUUUUUUUUUUGCUGUUGUAAUUUGAUUCUUAAUUCCUUUUUUUUUUUCUUACUGAAAUGGGUGAUUAAACAUUGUACAAAGAAUGUCCUCAUGCUGAAACGUCUAUGUAUCAAAUGACUAUGGUUAUGUUAUUAUUUGCUGGAAUUUUUUCAUGCAAUAUUAUCAGUAGUUGCGGCUUGGUUUGGACCUGAAC